UCUAUACAAACACCGAUUCAUUUCCUUGUGGUUUCCGUCUCUCCUUUUCUAUAAUAAUAUUCAUACCAUCUUAUAAAAGUCUACCAUGUUUAUCUUCAACCUUCCUUUUCCAUCAUCUCUCUUAAAACCCCACCAUUUGUGAUCCAUGUGUGCUCUAAAUCUCUUUCCCGCCAUGGAUUUAGACGAUGCGAGGCUCGCAAAAAGAAGAAGAACCAAGCCCGGGAUGGAAACCCUUCCCGGUGAAAUCGUCGUCGACAUACUCUCCAGGCUGCCGAUCACAUCUUUGGUGCAAUUCAAGUUCGUAUGCAAAGGGUGGCGUGCUUUAGCUCAGGAUCCUCUCCUUGUUGCAGAUAUGUGCAAAACUCACACAACAAAUCCAUGUCUCAUCCUUCACAGCGAUUUUCCCAUCCGAAACCACCUGUAUUUUGUUGAUUUAUCUCCGAACAGCCAAGACAAAGACAAGGUAAAAAGAUUAUAUGUGCCUUUCCAGACAUCCAUGCCUGAAUUUGAUGUAGUUGGAUCAUGUAAUGGUUUAUUAUGCUUGUCUGAUUCUUUAUACAACGAGGCUCUUUAUAUCUACAACCCUUUCACCAUGGAUUACAUCGAGCUGCCCGAAUCUCGACAGUAUCCUGAUCAGGAAGUAGUGUUCGGAUUCGGAUUCCAUCCAAAAAGCAAGGAAUACAAGGUAGUUAAGAUAGUUUAUUAUAGGAACACUAGUAGUAGUAGCAGCAGCAUCUACAGUCGUACCAGGAGAGUCGUGUAUCCGCAUUCGGAUGUUCAGGUUUUCACUCUGGGAUCCUCUGCCUGGAGAAGCCUAGGGAAAAUACCUUACCAGCUCGUAAGGCGACCAUUGGAGGCAUUGGUCAGCGGAAGGCUUCAUUGGGUGAGUAGGCCACGGAGAUAUCACCCGGCUCGACGCAUUAUGUCGUUCGACUUAGGGACCGAAGAAUUCGAGGAGGUCCCGAUGCCUGAUUGUGGUGGCCUAAACAGGUGUAACUUCCAUGUGUCUGUUUUAAGAGGUUGUCUUGCAGCAGCUGUUUAUAGGAAUUAUGGGAAACUGGAGAUAUGGGUCAUGAAGGAUUAUAAUGUGAAGGAAUCUUGGACUAAAGAGCUGAGCAUUGGAGCUUAUAUGCCAAAAUGUUUGAAACAAAAUUUGGACCGAGAUAACAGGCCAUUGAAGAUCUGGAAGAACGCGAGUGGUAAAGUGGUUCGAGUCCUUUCCGUUCUGGAAAAUGGUGAAAUCCUGUUGGAGUAUAAGAACAGGGUUCUAGUUUCUUAUGAUCCAAAGAAAGGCAAAUUUACAGAUCUUGUGUUCCAGGGGAACCCUCAUUGGUUUCAAACAAUUGUUCAUGCAGCAAGUUUCAGUUGGAUCCCUUCCUUGAUGGUAUGAAACUGAUGAUAAUGUUUGUUUCUUAGCUCACCACAUCUCAUUGUAAUUUGUACCAGUAUUGUUUGUUAUACAGAAUCAAAAUCUGGGAAA